AUGCGAUUCAGAGCAGAAAUAAUCAAGAUUGAGCAUCCCACACGUGGUGAUGAUACCAGGGCGUGGGGUCCACCAUUUGCCGAAUAUAGCCAGACAUUACGAAAGGAAGGACCGGGAGAAAGCGCCUACUUUCUUUCCUCCCUUCAGGUCAACCGUAACAAAAAGUCCCUUGCACUCUCCUUUGCUACCUCUAGUGGCCAGCGGCUACUUCACCAGCUCGCCUGCAAAUGUGACAUCCUUGUCGAGAACUUUCUCCCCCAAUCCCUCUCCAAAUAUGGCCUCGACUACACUUCGCUGUCGCAACUUAACCCAUCUCUGAUCUAUGCUAGCAUAACUGGCUAUGGACAAUACGGCCCCGCCUCCUCACGGGCCGGUUACGACGUAAUGGUUGAGGGCGAGUUCGGACUUAUGCACGUCACUGGCCCGCGUGACGGCCCGCCUGUCAAAGUCGGCGUCGCAGUGACGGAUUUGACAGCAGGCUUAUACACGGCUAAUGCGGUAAUGGCGGCGCUCAUACAACGGGGCAAGGACGGGAAAGGGCAGCACAUUGAUGUCGCCCUGAGUGAUGUGCAGGUCGCUACGCUGACGAAUAUCGCGUCCUCGGCCUUGGUCGAUCCUAAGUCGAAUCCGAGAAGGUGGGGUACUGCUCAUCCGAGCAUUGUACCAUAUCAAGCGUUCAAGACUACGGAUGGUGAUAUUUUGAUUGGAGGGGGAAAUGAUCGGUUAUUUGGGAUAUUGUGCGAAAGACUGGGGAAACCAGAGCUAGCGAAGGAUGAGCAAUUCAAUGUGAAUAGCAGGAGGGUGAAGAAUAGGGAAUUGUUAGAGAAGUUGAUUCAAGAGGAGACGAGUAAGAAGACGACUGGGGAGUGGUUAGAGGUUUUCAAGGGAUCUGGUCUACCAUAUGCACCUGUCAAUGACAUACAAGCAACACUUCAACAUCCACAUGUUCAGGCUAGAGGUUUGGUUGAGGAGGUGCAACACCUGGAAUGCGGCCCUUUGAAGAUGGUGACUCCGCCUGUGAAAUACUCAUCUUCUCAGGCAAGCAUACGAAGUGCUCCGCCUGUGCUGGGUCAGCACACUGACGAAAUUUUGCGAGAAAUUCUGGAAAUCAGUGAGUACGAGGUAGCCCAACUAAGAACCAAGGGUGUCAUAUCAUAG